AUGCAAUUAAAAUCGCCACGGACGAGGACUAUGGCCAGUAUUCAAAAUGAGGAACUGGCAACGCAUAACCGAAUCACCCCCCUUUGCAACACUAGCAACAAUAACAACAAUUACGCUAAUAGUAUUGACAACAAUCAUAAUGUUGGCCCAAGUAGUACUUCCGCGUCUAGCGGAAAUCUCGCACAUGCUCCUGAUGAACGGGGAACGAGCAGUAAGCGAGAAUCGCUGGAAGCGCGUAAGCAAAACCUUGAGUUGCGCCUAAGCGAGAAGAGCUGGCUGCUCCAGCAGAUCCAAAAGCAUGAAGCAGCCAUCAUCCAUGGCAACUAUGAGCAUAUGACGAUCAAUGAGUUCUUUGCCCAGUUGGCGCAGCAGUAUAAGCAUGAGCAGCAGCUGCAACAACUGGGCAAGGACAACAACAACGGGAGCGCUCUGUUGCGGCGCAAACAGAGUACAAGCAGCAACAACAACAUCACCAACAACAACAUCAACAACAACAACACCAUUAAUAAUAACAACAAUAAUAUCAACAAUAAUCGACACUCGGAGACGCAUUCGAAUCGCAGCUCCGAGUAUGAUAAUUAUCAGCCAGCUGGCAGCGGUGGCGGCAUGGGCGAUAUGCUGGUCAUAGGCGUGGCACAGCAGCAGUCGCAGCAGCAUCCGCAUGUGAAGAGCGCCCUCAAGAAGCGCCCCACUCCCACGCCCACCGCCCAGAUCCAGAUGCAGUAUGCAGCACAGACGGCACAGCGACAACAGUUGCCACAACAGCAGCAGCAGCAACAACAUCUGCUGCUGCAUCACAUGGAUGCUUUUGCGUAUCAACAGCAGCAGCAACAGCAACGCUCGCAGACCGAUGUCAUCUCCAUGUACUCGGCCAACUCGUCGAACGUGGCCACCUUGAGGCAACAGCAUGUGGCGCCCCAGCAACAACCCAUCAUUGUACAGUGCGACAAGUACUAUUUGUCGCCCACACAUCAGAGCUACAACGAGGGUGGCUUCAUCAAAUCGAGUCAGAACAUCAAGAAGUAUGUGUCGCCCCUUGCCUCGCCCAGCGCCAUCAGCUACGAGCAAUCCUCGUUGCAGCAUCAACAGCAUCAGCGACAGCUCGAUGCCAUUUCGCUGGCGCCCAGUUACAUGUCCGUGGAGAUGGAGAGCGUGCAACAGCAUCAACAGCAGCAAUAUCGCUGGCGUUCACAAUCGCAUAUUGCCGCCUUGACGCCACCGCAUCCACAUCAGCAGCAGUCGCAGAAUCAGGCUAUGAACGCCAUGGCAGCGGAAACCAAAUCGCAUUCGAGCGACAUGUUGGCGGCGCCUUUGCAACGCUACAACAGCAAGGCUGGCAAGCCACUCGAUGAGAUCUCGUUGUGCUCGACGACCAUCGAAAAGAAGCCCAAGUCCAAGCAAUGGCUGGAAUCGUCACUGGACGGGCCAGCAGUGGUGCGUCAAAUCGAAUCCUCGGCACACAGUCCGGUGAGCAGCAAUGGCAGCAGCGCCGCUAAGCCACGCAUCAAGCUCUCCUCGCAAUCGAUGUCGGUGUCCGGCAGACACUAUUCGAUGUCGGGGCAGCGUGGCACGCACAACUAUGCGCCAGCUGGCUAUGCGGCAGCUGGCAAUGCCAAGGCGUUGCAGCAUGCGGACGAACGGUUUGCCAAGCUCAGUCAAUCCACCUCGUAUCUGAAUGCCAUGGAGCAGACUGUGGGCAUAUCCACGUCGUAUGCGCUGGAACCACUUGAUAUACCGCCAUUUAGGCAUCUGCCGCCCAAGCCCAAUCACAGCCAGCAGCCAACGCCGCCUCCUCGACCGCCACCAGUCAGCAGCAACAACAAUAAUAAUAAUAAUAACAAUAAUAACAGUCCGAAUGUUAACAACAACUUGUCCACUGCGCUGGUGUCGCCACCGUUGACUGUUGUCACUGCGACAGUUGCAGCGGCAGCCAGUUUGUCGCCCGACAUUCGCAUCGAGUCGCCGAAGAACAUGACUGUGGUGCAGCAGGCCACAUUUCAGCCGUACAAGGAGGUGACCAAACCCUUUGAGAUGUCCGACUUCUACAAGUACUCGACCAAGUUCAAGCAGAAAGAAGUUGGCCGACCCGAAUGACAUCAACUUAUUUUUAGCAUUAACUUUAUUUUAUGACACUUAUUUAAUCGCAUGGAUUUGCCAAUCGAAUCGGUUUCGAAUACACUAAACGAUAUUACAGAAUACUAUAUAACAAUGUUGUGGAAUGGAAAUAAUCAUCUACUACUACUAUUACUAUGUUGACCUAAUGCCUUUGCAAUAAGCCUUUCCAAAAAUAGUUGGACUACAAUUACUAAUAUUGCAUUUAAAACAACAAAAAACACUGAAAAACUUCUCGAAAUGCGACGAUUUCUAUAGAUAUUAAUUGAUAGCAAUUGUUAAUUGUGUACCACACAAAAUUGUACACUGAAUUUAAAUAUUAAUAUAUAGUCUAUGUAUUUGGUAUAGUUAACUUGUUUUUCGAUAUAAGACAAACAAACAAAACAAAAACGAUUUGAAUGUAUUCAAUAAAUAAUUACAUAAGUACAAA